AGGCCACUAGGUGUUCCACUUUUUCCCCUGGUUCAGAUGAACCGCAAGAAACGUUGGAUUGAAGGUUCGCUAUAAAAGUGCAAACGCUGUGAAGCAAAGUUGCCUGUUUGUCAAAUGAAUCAUGUGACCAGAAGGAAACGGUAUUCGUUAUGGCUCAGCAAAGACUCAGCAAAGAAGAGACCCUCGACCGCAGGUUGAAAUUAAUCGGACAGUCAUGUCGGCUCUUCUAUUCGGACGACCCUGUGAAAAUACUAAGGGCCAGGGGGCAGUAUCUGUUCGAUGAAAACGGUACUCGCUAUCUGGACUGUAUCAGCAACGUCCAGCAUGUCGGCCAUUGCCACCCCAGCAUUACUAAGGCUGCAGCAGCGCAAAUGGAUCUCCUGAACACAAACUCGCGAUUUCUUCAUGACAACAUCGUCCGGUAUGCAGAACGCCUGGCUUCCACCCUGCCCAAGAAGCUGUGUGUCUUCUACUUUGUCAACUCUGGCUCCGAGGCCAACGAUCUUGCCCUUCGCCUGGCCCGCCAGUACACUCAACAUGAGGACGUCGUUGUCCUGGACCAUGCAUACCACGGGCACCUAACGUCCCUUAUAGACAUUAGUCCGUACAAGUUCCGGAAACUGACAGGACAGAAAGAAUGGGUUCAUGUGGCUCCUUUACCAGACACCUACAGAGGAAGGUACAGGGAGAAUCACCCCAACCCAGGCCAAGCCUACGCCGACACAGUGAAAGACCUAAUAGAGGAGGUGCACAGCAGAGGACGGAAGAUAUGUGCAUUCUUUGCUGAAUCACUGCCGAGUGUCGGAGGACAACUCAUCUUGCCACAGGGAUACUCUGCUAAAGUUGCAGAAUACGUGCACUCAGCCGGAGGAGUGUUUGUGGCCGACGAGGUGCAGACGGGUUUUGGGCGUGUGGGAAGUCAUUUCUGGGCCUUUCAGCUGCAGGGGGAGGAUUUCUGUCCGGACAUUGUGACAAUGGGCAAACCCAUGGGCAAUGGGCAUCCUUUGGCAUGUGUAGCAACCACUGUGGAAAUAGCAGGGGCCUUCACAGCUAAUGGAGUGGAGUACUUCAAUACGUUCGGAGGGAACCCAGUGUCAUGUGCCAUCGGCCUUGCCGUCCUUGAUGUGAUCGAGGAGGAGGACCUGAGAGGAAACGCCUUAAAAGUGGGAGCGCACCUCAAAGACUUACUCACAGAGCUACAGACACGACAUCAGACGAUUGGCGAUGUCAGAGGCGUCGGUCUGUUUGUGGGUCUAGAACUGGUGCAGGACCGAGAGCAGAAAACCCCAGCCACAAAAACUGCUGCACUAGUGGUAAAAAGGCUGAAAGAGGAAGAUCGAAUCUGUGUCAGUACAGAUGGACCCUGGGAAAGCGUGGUGAAGUUUAAACCUCCCAUGUGCUUCAGUAUGGACGACGCAAAAGUAGUGGCCAAGUGUAUCGAUCGUAUUCUCACAGACAUCUCGGCCAGUGGCCUCAGACUUGGAAAAGAAGACAUCUAAGGGUUUCCACCCUACUACAAGCCUGAUGAACCAGACAAUCGAUGGUUCUGAUACUGGCUGUGUGACUUCAGUAGCACCUGGGAAAAAAAUCACUGCAGCACUAGGGAACUACAAGUUCUUUGACCCUAAUAAACAUCUAACACUGAA